AUGAAGCCGCUUGAGGCUGUAACAGGAGGCAGUCUGGCCUCCGCCAAGGACGAAGCAACGGAUGUACCCGAGGACUUCGCACCUCUCGAAACCACCAACUUCAAUGCUGUCAAGGCCCUCAUUGCCAAGUAUGAACUUGAAAUCGACCCUUCUGUGACGCGGGAGCAAGCAGAAGCUAUUGGUGAUCUGGGAAGUGGCACACCUUUCGUGAUCAGGGCUCAGAAGCUAGAGGGAGGUCGGGCGGUCUGGAAAGUUACCAAAAGGGUCACAGACACGGACCUCGCAACCAUGCACCACGACGGGAUGAGUACAAGCAGCCUCAGCUCUGGGUCACAGUUUGAAGACAACGAUGGCAAUCCGCUCCAAAGCGGUGACGUCCUGGGUGCUGUCCUGGGCACCCAUCCGUGCUUUCCUUCACUCAAACCUCCAGUCUUGGUGGGAAAGACCGGAUCGACCUCCCGGUUGCGGCUUUCCGCACCCGUCCGUGACGACCAGCAAGCGAUCAAUGGGCCACCAUUUGGGCCAUCUGUGCAAUUCCACCCAUUCUCCCGUGGAGACUGGAAGCGCACGCGACGUUUAAGUUGUGCUAGUGCUAGUGCACCCAGCCUCUCCGAUGCGGAUGCUGCAGAUUCUUCUGGGCUCGAGGGUCCGAAUGCAUUCGAUCUGCUGCAGUCGCACGAUGCGAUAGUGGACGAAGCGGCUUCACUAGAGGAUACAGGUGCCCGGUCAUCCAAAGACUCGCAAAGCUCUUCUUCCUACUCGAGAAAGCGUCGGAGACGAGCGUCAUUCAGCAAUGAUCCCCGUUACGCCAUUUGGGGCGCUCCGUGCCAUCCUAAUCGCCGUGCAGUGGUGCAGACAUCAGGGCCAGGCGCCCCGGUGCCAUUAGAGUCAAUUGAUCCAGCUUCAUCUGGCAACGGCCCGGUCAAAUCCAUUUCUUGUUUCAGUGCGAGCAUGCAACAUCAUCCCAUCGUCAAGGGCUCGCUCACCAAGGAGGAGGCUGAUGCAAUACCCCCUUUGCGGGACUACCAAAUGGCCGCUAUAUUCCCGAAGGACCAUGCGGCCCUGUUGGCUGCCAGUCUCGAACGUGUCAUUGUCCAGCUGACGAGCGUCAUCGACACGAGACUGCACAUCGACUUCUUUUACACUUAUCGCUCUUUCACCACCUCUCACACUUUGCUCGACUUGCUGAUUGAACGAUUCAAUUGGAGUCUGGAGCUAAUAGUCUCUUUCCGAGAUGCGCAUGUGCAAAGCGUGGUCCGCGUCAGGACCUACGUUGUCCUCAAAUUCUGGCUCAUACAUUUUUUCGAGGAAGAUUUCUUGCCGGAUCGCCAGCUGCGCAAUCGCCUGACGACAUGGCUCAACUCCUUUGGGGACCUGUCGAGUCGCAACGUGGCAGAAGCGGGAGUCAUUUCGAGUCUGAGAAAGACCGUGGUCAAACUCAAGCAUCUUUAUUCACAAUCAGGCGUUUCGGGUUUGCUAGGGCAAGGCGAUGAUCAAUUCAGACAGGGGGGCAUCUCGCAGCCUACCAUGGCUGCGUCUUCUUCUUCUGGAUCCCUCUCGGAGAGCGAAGUCGAUCUCGAACGUCUUUCAGACCCUUUGACUGUCGCACGAGAGCGUAAAGGCACGCGAGAAGUUUUCAGCACAUUCAACGGAGCACCUGCAAAAGCUUUGGAUGCCAUGUCUCACGGACGCAAUUCCUCAACGCAAGGUGCCGGAUUUGGCUCUAUCUCUCGGGCGCUGAACAGCACUGUGCACAAAAUACAGAAGAUGAGGAUGAUAGCACAGCGUCGGGAGACCGCCAUGUCUUCUGCCGCUACAACCUCAUCUGAUGCUGUCCCUAACGACACUGGUGAUCUUCUCUUCAUCAAGGGGGGACUCGAAAGCUUCAUCGACUUCUUUCAACUCCCAGCUGGAGAGAAAGAUGCGGGGGACUAUUCUGCUAGUUCUUCAUCCACUGCCGGCGACGCGCACACUCCAAGUUUGGACUCCGUAUCUGAGGCGGCAGAGAGUACACCCGCGACAUCGGUUGAUCUACCGCGCCAAAGCAAUGAGGCUACGGUCGAAGAGACCCACGGGCACACUCAAGAUUGGGAAUCGGGCCCUUCUGAUGUGUGUAAAGACAUGCGGUCAUCGGAGAGCAGUGAAGCAGUGCCAAAUAUGGCCUGUACCAAAGUAGGUGCCGACAAUCUGCAUCAUACCACGAGCGAACAAACUCUGCGUUCUCCAACGAGAAGGCUUCGACUUGCUGCCUCAAGUAGCAGUACGUCUCUCCGAAAGCAACAAGGACCAUCACUUGUUGGUCACAGCACGUCUCCAUUCCCAGGCAUCGUUCAAAUUGACGAUGUUGAUCUGUCUAGCGACGAAGACGAUGAUGCAGUGCGCAAAGCCCUUCGCAGACUUCCAGGGGCCCGAGACCUGCGAACUGCCAGGAGAGCCUUUGGUUCUGUCCAGAGUAAGCUUCUCGCUAGCGACUCGGUCGGUGAUGCGCCAUGGUCCUCUCCACCCGAGCAGCUUGCAGCGGAAGGGGACCCUCCUUUCAAUUCGCAAGGACAACAGAAAUUUGGAUAUCUGACAACAGAGCUGUUCGACCCAGACGAAGCCCUCGCAGGGUACGAGCUCAUCAAAGGCUUCAACCUAGAUGGCUUUGAGAGCGACGAGGACGAACCUGGGGACGCCGAGGCGGCUUUGCGAAAGCUGGAAGGCUACAUCGACGAAGGAAAGGUAAAAGCCAGGGCCCGAAAGGUGGAAGCAUUGUGGCAGAACAGUCGAGCGUCCAAGGCCAAGCAUCACUCAAGCGAGCCCGGUGCGGUGACAGAAGCUGCUGUGGAGGAUGUCCCGGCAGCCAUUGUCCCGCCAAGCUCUGGGAAGGACUCCUUUGUACCACCCCAUGAAAGCAACGAGCGCUCGUCAAGCUUGCCCAUGCGGUCAUCUGAGGACGCUCAGGCUCAGAAAGGAAAUCAGCUCGAAGAGCCAGGCCUCGACAAGCGCUUUGCAACAUCGCAAUUCGGCUCGUGGUCACUGCCGCCGGUCCAUCGCUCGUUCUUGCUCGAUUGCCGGUCUGAGGACAUUGCAGGGCAAAUGUCGCUGAUUGAAGCGGAAUUGUUCUCGCACAUCACAUGGCAAGAACUGGCAAGUGGACGAUGGCAAUCCUUCAGGCAGCGGUGUGAAAUUUCGGAUUGGGAAGAGUAUUACCGAAUCCGCAUGCGCGAGAAAGCGGAAGCCGAAGAAGCGCAGGCAACCUGGGACGAGGACAACAUUGGCGUCAUCGUCGCACGGUUCAACUUGGCGGCGAAUUGGGUCGCCUCCGAGGUCGUACUCACCCAGAAUUUGAUCGAGAGGGCAGCUGUGAUAUCCAAAUUCAUCCGCGUCGCUUGGAAAUGCUACCAGGUGGCGAACUUUGCGUCCAUGACACAAAUCGUCUUCGGCCUGCAAUCGCCGUGGGUGGAAAGGUUGCACAGGACGUGGACACGGAUCCCACCUUGGGAGAUGCGCAUUCUACGUGAUCUGAGGACGCUCACGUCGCCAACGCGUAACUUUCGGCACAUGCGCCGAGUGGUGGACGUCAUGAUCUCCGAGGAAGGGAUGGAAGAGAUUGUGAAUUCAGCAGGCCCCCCGGACGUGUUCUCAAUGUCGACAUCAGGCCAAUUUCCCAGUCACUCGACCGCGUUCAAAGGCUGCGUGCCCUUCUGUGGACUCUUGUUGAUGGAUCUCAUGGAGAAUCAGAUCUUGCCAACGUGCCUUCCGGCGCACGCACUCGAUCCCGCGGCUGAUUAUGGUGCGACGCCAGCCCAGCACCUCGAAGAAGAUCUUCCGCCCCUUCCACCACAGCUUCCGGUCAAGCCCUUGGUCAAUGUGCUCAAAUUCCGCGUCCUGGGGAUGAUCAUUAAAACAGUCAUUGCCUUCCAGGAACGGUCGAAGUCAUAUGACUUCACGGCUAGUGGUCCCCUAUAUCUUCGUUGCCUCAAGCUCCGUUGCCUCUCUGCUCCUCUGAUGACGCAACUUUCUCGUAUGGCUGAGCCUUGA